CAGCCCAGGAGCCCGCUCCGAGUUCCUGCGACCGGCUGGCGGCUGGCGGGGUACUGCUCCCCAGGUCUCAGGAGGGAAAGCUCUCUUGGAAGAGCUGGAAAGGUGCCCGACUCCGGCCAUGCUGGCGCUGCUCUGUGCCUACCUGCUCCUGACAUCCCGCGCCUCGGAAGUCUCCGCCGACCCGGACCUGGAGCAGCCCGGCUCCCGCAUUCAGGAGCAGAUCCGCGACAUGCACGCCAAAGUGAUGGAGAUCUGGCGGGAGCUGACGCAAUGGUGGGCGGUGGGCGGAGGCCAGGACGCCGCGCUCCACGCCACCUGCCCGGUGCUGCCGUCGGCCACACUGGAUGCGGCGCAGCCCCGGGUGAGCGGCGUCGUGCUCUUCCGGCAGCUGCGGCCCGGCGCCUUGCUCGAGGCCUUCUUCCACCUGGAGGGGUUCCCGGCCGAGCCCAACGGCACCAGCCGCGCCAUCCACGUGCACCAGUUCGGGGACCUGAGCCAGGGCUGCGACUCCACCGGCGCGCACUACAACCCGCUGGCCGUGCCGCACCCGCAGCACCCGGGCGACUUCGGCAACUUCGUGGUGCGCGACGGCCAAAUCUGGAAGUACCGCUCCGGCCUGGCCGCCUCGCUCUUCGGCCCGCACUCGAUCGCGGGCCGCGCCGUAGUGAUCCACGAGGGCGAGGAUGACCUGGGCCGCGGUGGCAACCAGGCCAGCCUGGAGAACGGCAACGCGGGCCGCCGGCUCGCCUGCUGCGUGGUGGGCCUGUGCGGGCCGGGGCCCUGGGCGCGCCAGGCACAGGAGCACGCGGAGCGCAAGAAGCGGCGGCGAGAGAGCGAGUGCAAGGCCAGCUGAGCCCCCCACCCGGGCGCCCCGAGAGCUCCCUCCACGCCCCAGACCCGUUCCAUGUGCCCUGGGAGCCCCUCCAUGCCCUGACACCCCUACAAGUGCCUGAGAUCCCCUCCGAGUACCCCAAGACCCCUCUACGCCUGACACCUCUCCAAACUCCUGAGAUUCCCUCCAUGUGGCCCAGGGCCCCCUCUACGUGGAUCUGUCUGUUCUGUGACACCUCUUCCAAGCAUCCUGAGACCCCUUCUACACCCUGACACCCCUCCAAGUGCCCCAGGAUCUCCUCUACACCCUGACUCUCCUCCAAGUGCCCAAGAUGCCCUCCAUGUGACCCAGGACCCCUUCUACACAUCCCAGGAUCCCUCCAUGCCUCGACACCACUCCAAGAACCCUGGGACACCUCUACACCCUGACACCUCUCCAAGUGCCCAAGAUCCCCUCCGUGUGACCCAAGUCCCCACCUUCUCAUCUUGAUUUUUCUCCUUUUGCUCCCAGAGACACUCCCUACUCUGAGGUACCACUUUUGCCAUGGCUAGGGUCUCCCCGAAAAUCCCCUCCACCCUGAGGUCUCAAACCAUGUAUACUGAGACACCCCCUUUCAUCCAGAGGGCACCCUGAGCUCUGAGGACCCCCAGAGAUUUACCCUGAGGGUCUUCCAGACUCCCCCCCUUCCACCCUGGCAACCCUGCCCUCACCCUGUGAGCCCUGAGAUCCCUCAAUGCCCUAAGAACCUACCUACCCCCACCCACUUUAGGUUCCUCCUAGGCAGUCUGAGACCCCUCCUGAGGUUGCCUCUCCCCCUCCCCCUCCCCAGCAUGUGCAGUGCAGCCUGGCGCCCCUGCCCGGUGUCUCCAGCUAUUCCCCCAGCCCCACACCCCAGAGAGCUGCUCCUUUGUGGGCUGUUUGGCAGUCUUCGUGUUGCACAUUAAAAACUUAGCAAUUCAGUACUGCAUGGGGGCCUUGGUUACUGUUUUGGUUUAUUUGAGGCUUCUCUCCCCACUCAGCUAUUUUUUGGGGAAUGGCAAAGAUGUUUCCCAAACCUCUUAGGACUUCUUCUCCCCUGCCCAGCUCUGUUGGCUGCAAGGCUCAGUCACUGAUCAUCAUGCCUUUGGGGUGUGGCUCGCAAGAGGGAGGAAACCAGGAUCACUUAGGGAAAUGGGAAAAAAAAAUACAGCUUCCUGGGCCACAUGCCAAAGCUGUAGAAUCCAAAGGGAGAGGAGAAAAUCUAUUUGCAACAAGCUUCCCAGUGAUUCUGAUGCUGGAGCCACUGGCCUGGCAUGAGCGGUACACCAACUCACUGGGCCCAGUGGCCUCUCACAUCUGCCUCUGUGGGAAGCCUGAGGUCCAUUUCCCAGAUGGCGGAGACAGGGCCAGUGAGGCAGUGUCCCUGGGCAAGUUAUAGGGAGGUUGGUGUUGGUAUCUAAAGUUGUCGGCUUUCUCCACAACCAGGACAAUGCCCUUCUUGGCUUCUUGAUACAAAAGCAGUUGGAAGCGGUGGGGUCCAAAGGCAGGUUGGUCUUAAUUAAGGCUUGAUGGAGGUUCUGCCUCUCUCUGUGAAAAUUAUAAUCUAUACACAGACUAGAUCAGUCUUGUGCAUUCACCUUCACUUGCUGAAGUACCCAUCCUGGGGUAGACCCACUUCCUAGCUGUGGCUUUCCCACCCUGGUUCCUCAGGGCAGCUUCUGUCUCUCCCAGACUCUUAAGGCAGUGAGUCAAACUGAACCUUAGCCAGAAAGCCAUCCCCAGUGGUUAUUUUUACCUCUUACUAGGACUACCUUGUCAUUUAAAACCCUUUCCUUGAGCCCAAGCGACAAGUGGGAAGAAAGGCUAUUGCCUGGUGAAUUUGCUCCACCAACUGGUUCUCACUGGUUUUGAAACGGAGCAGGACUCUGC